AUGUCUGAACCUACAGGUGGCAGUGCACGUGGAAGCGCCCCAUUCCUCCCCCCGGAGCUCAGCCUCCGGAUCAUCGAUGAGUCCGAAGAGGCUCCCAUCUGUGUUGUGAACCAUCUCUCUAGAGGCAAGCUCCAAUGUGAUGGCGGCUUUCAGAACCAUACCACAGUCAUCUAUACCCGUGGUGAGAAACAGAGAGACGGGACAUGGUCUCGUGGAAAACUGGAGGCUCUCCCGAUGCAGCAUUGUUGCAUCGCGGGAGUCAUCCGGCCUUCAGAAACACCCGCUCUCCCCUUCGAUCGUUCAGACGACUAUUCGAUUGAGCUCGCAAUCAGCCACCUCACAAAGCGUACGGUAGUAGCUGAAAUUGGUCUCGACGAGGACAUCGCUGAUCCAGUUCUGAACCUGGAUAAACACGCAUUCCCUCCGUAUUAUAAUCCCACAGACUUUAUCAACGUUCGUUAUCUCGGAUAUACCUUACUCGACACACAAUUCCUCGCAACAGUCCCAAUUGAGAUUGGUGGCGACGACAAUGUUCGACAUCUCGCCGGUAUCACUAGAGACCAAACCGCACUGACUCACCGACUACGACCGGCCGAUGAAAAUCUGGCCUGUGAGAAGAUCAGACAUUUGAUGAUCCGUGAAAACAAAGUCUCCUACAGCUUUAUAUUCGCAAAACUUAUUGAGAUCAAGGAUGAUCUAGACAAAGUGCGUAGUCUUUAUCAAUGGAGCUCAAAGCUGUGCGGCUACCGAGACGAGCUUCUGUUGUCUUCACUGCGCCCCAAAUGGGAACUGCUGAAAGAUCUCGACACUCUUUGCAUUGACAUGACUAGAAUAGCGGCGAUCCACGGAUCACCUCUACUGGGAAUCCAGAUCGAUAAGAUGGCACGUUGUCUUAAUUUAAAGACACUGAUACUCCUAGGUGUGCCGUGUCUGGCCAGAUACGAUUGCAACAUUCUAACUGAGGUGCAAGAAAGAGUUAACGGAGAGGAGGGAUGGGUUGCCUAUCUCGAGGACAACUCUACUCACAGUUAUGAGGGCACCGCUAUUAGCCCGACCAACUGGCUAUACGUCUUCAAGGACCUUGUGCGACCCGGUGGCCAAAUCCAUUUCAUUGCAGAUAUAGCACCAGGCUCCCCGUACUGGCCCUACCCAAGGGUCAGGGUUGAGGCUAUAGAGGAUGGCUUACAGUGA